UCUCAUUCUCCGCCAAUCUCAAGUUCCGUUGCUUCUUCUUCUUCUUCGUCGUGGAGGGGCGAAGAGAGAGUUCUGCUUUAGCUGUUUUGAAGCCAAGCGUGGUUAACCAGAUUAUUUCGCUACAGUAAAUCAUGAAUAUGCCGAUGUUGGAUAUUCAACCACGAACUUUGAAGUUUCCAGUUGAUCUGAAGAAGCAGACUACCUGCAUGGUACAGCUAACCAAUACAACCGAUCGUUAUGUUGCGUUUAAGGUCAAAACUACAUCACCAAAGAAGUACUGUGUCCGUCCAAAUGUUGGCGUUGUUGCACCAAAUUCAUCCUGUGAAUUCUCUGUCAUUAUGCAAGCUUUCAAAGAACCACCUCCAGACUUGGCUUGUAAAGACAAAUUCUUAAUCCAGAGUACUGCUGUGCCUGCGGACACAACUGAUGAUGACAUCACAGCUAGCAUGUUCUCCAAAGCGGAAGGCAGACACAUAGAGGAAAACAAACUGAGAGUCACUCUCGUGAUGCCCUCUGACUCACCUGAACCAUCUCCAGUUAAAAGGGCAACGAAUCAGGAAGCAGUAUUUGAAGAUUCCACCCUUCUUCCUCCACAAUAUGAGAGUGAGAUCGUAAAGGAGCCUAGAAUGGUUGGGCAUGAUGAGCUAAAGGCAUCCUAUGGUGCAAAGGAUUUUAUUGAAGAUUUGAAUCCUGCCAACGACGUAAAGCCAACACAUAAUUUGGAUACUCUCACAAAUAUGGCCAUGCAAUUUCCUGGGGAUCAAGGGUUUACUAAUGGGAUGACUUCAGCCAACGGUGUGACUUAUCCUGAUGAAGCAAAGAUGCCUAGGGAAAGAGAGGUUGUCCAGGUAGAGAAAAGAGAUGGUCAGAAGAUCAAAGCAUCGGAUGAAUAUAAGUUGGUUAAAGACAUUGAGGAGAUGAAGCUGAAAGUCAAUGCUCUUGAAUCGAAGUUAAAACAGGCUGAUUCAACGAUUUCGAAGCUGAUGGAGGAGCGGUCUAUAGGAUCUCAACAUAGAGAAAGCUUGCAACAGGAGCUGGCGGAAAUGAAGACGAAGAAGAUAGUGAAAGAAAAGCACAUUGGGUUCCCUCUGCUGUUUGUAUGCGUAGUUGCGUUCAUCAACAUUGUGAUCGGGUAUAGUCUGCGCACUUGA